GUGUGUUCCUCGUUUGAAAAGAAUUCCUUGUAAUCGUGAGUUUUUAGUUUCCCUAUUUUUGACUGAUGGGAUGCACAUCCGCCCCAACGAAGUGUCGUUUCUACAAUCCAGAAUCAACUCAAACGAAGACGAUAAAGAUGGUGACAGCGUCCAUUUCGAGGAGGAAGAAGCUAGUUUUUUGACAGAGCCUUCUUUUCCAGCCAUAGAAAGUGCAAUCGACUCUGCGAUCAAGGAGCUGGGUGGAACUGUCUUUCCAAAGCUAUGCAAAGCCCCUAUAGAUGCUUCUUGGAUAUCUUAUAAUCACGACCUCAAUUGUAACAGUACUGACGAGGUUUUGACAGUAUUAAAGUGUUCAGAACGAGUAACCAAGUGUAUAUCAGAACUUUGCGAUGAACAAUUGAAUAAUACAGAGUUAGAACUACGCGAAUGGUUUCAUGUGCACCCAGGUGGUGAAUGGCGUUGUUUCGUAAAAGAUGGUAUUUUGUUGGCGGCAACUCCCAGGGAUAUUUCUUGCAAUCUUUCAUUGACUGAACAAGAUAGUCUACGAGUGAAAAGAAUGUUGACAACUUUCUUUGAAUCUCACAAAGAAGGUUUACGAGGCUGUUGGGUGAUUGAUGUUUAUAUGGAUGAGCAGCAGUACAUUUGGGUCUUUGAUGUUGAAAGCUUUGCAACCAAAAAAAAACAAGAUGAAGAGAACAUAUGGGAAUUUUAGAUGGACAUUGGAAUUUAUUUCACAACCAUAAAAAAUGGAAAAGUGGG